GUCGCCUGCUGGGCUCGAUCGUGGGUCUCGCCUGCAGAGCCCGCCCUUCCGCUCGCAAGGGCCCCCAAGGGCGUGACCGGGGACGUGUUGUGCCGGCGCCAGCCUAGGGCGGAGGCUCGGAACCGCCCAAUGAGAUCUCUUCUCUCUAGGGAUGUUGAAGUUGGAAAGAGGCUCCUAUAAUUCCUCUCCUGGAUAAAUUUCCUGCCAGAAGACAUGGAGAACGCUGUCACUGGGAGCCAGAGCUCUCACGCUUCUUUGCGAGACAUCCAUUCCAUCAACCCUACACAACUCAUGGCCAGGAUUGAGUCCUAUGAAGGAAGGGAAAAGAAAGGCAUAUCUGAUGUCAGAAGGACUUUCUGUUUGUUUGUCACCUUUGACCUCUUAUUUGUAACAUUACUGUGGAUAAUAGAGUUAAAUGUGAAUGGAGGCAUUGAGAACACAUUAGAGAAGGAGGUGGUGCAGUAUGACUUCUACUCUUCUUAUUUUGAUAUAUUUCUUUUGGCAGUCUUUCGGUUCAAAGUGUUAAUACUUGCCUAUGCUGUGUGCAGACUGCGCCAUUGGUGGGCAAUAGCAUUGACAACAGCAGUGACCAGUGCCUUUUUACUAGCAAAAGUGAUCCUCUCAAAGCUUUUCUCUCAAGGGGCUUUUGGUUAUGUGCUGCCCAUCAUUUCGUUCAUCCUUGCCUGGAUUGAGACGUGGUUCCUGGAUUUCAAAGUGUUACCUCAAGAGUCAGAGGAAGAAAACAGGCUCCUGAUAGUUCAGGAUGCUUCGGAGAGGGCAGCACUUAUACCUGGUGGUCUUUCUGAUGGUCAGUUUUACUCUCCUCCUGAAUCUGAAGCAGGAUCUGAAGAAAUGGAAGAAAAGCAAGACAGUGAAAAACCACUUUUAGAGCUAUGAGUACUACUUUUGUUAAAGUAAGUCUUUAAAAAUGAAACUGUAACAACAAAGUUCUGAAAUAGGGAGCAUUUCUUCUAGAGGAUUCAAAGUAAAAUUCAAAGAAUAUGAGUAUGAAUAUGUAGCCAGAUUUGCCCUAUUUAUAUGAAUUUAUCAGUCACAUUUUAAUUUCUGUAAAAUGUCUUAACAUUUUCUGUAUGGGUAUAAAUUUGUGAAGUAUGGAAAAUACCUUAAAGUCUCAAAUUUGUAAAUAAGUAUGAAUUCAUUUUUGUUUACUUACCCAGAAUGUCUCUGUGUCAAAUGUUGUUUAAUUACAGACCCUAACUUCUGUGUGCUAUGAGGGUGGCAGUCCUAUGAGGUAUGGUACUGUUGCUGUCCCCAUUUGUGCUUGAGGCAGGUGAGACUAGGGUGGGCGAGCACCUGUUCCAGGUGCGCAGACAGGGAGUGGUGGAGCCAGGCCGCAGGCCCUCCUGUCUGGUACCAGUACAUGCUCUGACCCCGCACUGGAAUGUCUCUCAAGUUUUUGGAGCUUCUGCGAUGAAAGAUGCGAUUCAGUCAUUGAAAGCAGUAGUGCUUGGUGUACCUCAAGUUGGAGCACGUUGUUAAAUUCUUUCAGAUCAUCAAAGGAGAAUAUUUCAGCCCCAGAAAUACAGAAAGAUAAACAUCAAUUGUAGUAGCAGCAGCUCUAAUUAUUUACAUACAAAAGGGAAAAGGGAGAUCUUAAAAUUCUUUAUUAUAAGAAAAAAACAAUUUUGUAAUGUGUGAUAAUGGAUGUUAAGUAGACUUAUGGUAGCAACCAUUUUGUAAUAUAUACAAAUAUUGAAUCAUUAUGUUGUAUACCUGAAACUAAUAUAAAGUUAUGUGUCA